AACAAUCUCCGUUAACCAGACAUAUCUAUUUUGUUUAUGCAGUCAUCCCUUAAAAAAAUGUUUCCUUGGCCAAAUGGGCGGCUCACCAUAGCUGAAUUCGUAGUUUAGCGUCAAACUCAAUUCUAUGCCUGAGCUGCUUAAGGUCCUAAAUAAGAGGCCUGAGCUUGAGAAUGGAAUGCUCAGGGACAGCACACGUGUUCAUGGAGCCAAGGAGAGUUAAUUUAAGUGCCAAUGUCGCCUAGCAUAUUAGCUAACAUGCAGCCAUUGAUCAUUCAAAUGAACAGAUAGCCUAUUAAUUCAUUUCAAAUGACCUAUUGGUAUAUAAUUACAUCCAACUGUUAAUUUCUUACAAUAAUAUUAAUAUCUACCGCAGGAGAAUUUAAGGAAGGUAACAAUAAAAACAUACAUGUACGAUGCAACAGACGUCCAUGCCGAAAUGACGACGGCCUACGCAGUUUAACUAGCAUAAUCACUUCGUUUCCUGGCUUGCAAGUGCGCAGCCGUAAAUAACACGCACUCUCAACAUUUUCUUAAAAUUCCCAAGAACAUUUGUAUUGCACUGUAGUGGCAAAGGGAGAGGCAGUUAACCCCUGACCCUAUGGUAAGGAAUCUGAGGGCAGACGUAACUGUGGGAAAAUAAACAAAUGAUCUUUCUGAACGGGUGUACAAUAUCCACUACAGCAUGAGCAUCAAUGGGAAAAUAGAGGAAGGCUCCAUGGAAAUUGAUUCAGAAAAUAACAUGGAGAUGUUCCGAACAGGAAGUGGACCUGAUGAAGCCGUGGAAGUUCACGACUUUCACAUUGGAAUAACAGGGAUUCGGUUCUCUGGAGGCGAGAAAUGCUUCAUUAAGACACAGGUCAAAGCUCACCUUCCUGAAGUGGAAACACUGAACAAAGAGUCACUGAUGUUUGAUUUGGAAGAUGAGAUCAUGCCGGCCAAGUUUGAUGAGGAGUCUCUGAUCUGGGUGGCUGCAGACCAGCCCUUGAAGGACAACAGCUUCCUCAGUGCCAAAAUCCUAGAGCUCUGUGGAGACCUUCCUAUUUUCUGGCUCCGCCCCACCUACCCAAAAGGUGGACGGCGGAGGAGGAGGGAUGUCCAGCGGGGAAAGCGUCAAGCCGUCACCGAGGCAAUGGCUGCCAUGGAAAUAACUCCCACUGAGCAGCCAGUCACCAAGGAGAUGGUCACUGAGGAGAAAACUGGCAUGGCAGGGACAGUCUCCUCGGAGAUCAGCCCCACUGAAGAGACGGGCACUAAAGAGACCAUCACUGAGGAUAUCACUGUGGGGGAUGCGAUUACCGUGGAGAUGACCCUUGCCGACACGGUCACAGGUGAGACGGCCACGGUCGAUACAACCUACGACCCCACGGCCGCCACCGAGAUAUCAUCUGCAGACCUAGUUACUGCUGAAAUUGCAUCAGCGGACUUGGUCACCGCGGGUAUACCAUCUGCAGACCUAGUUACUGCAGAAAUUGCCUCAGCGGACCUGGUCACUGCGGGGAUAUCCUCAGGAGACUUGAUCACUGUGGAGAUGACAUCCGCGGACUUGGUCACCAUGGAGAUAGCAUCCGCAGACUCGGUCACCGUGGAGAUGGCGUCCGGUGACGUGGUCACCGUGGAGUUGACCUCUGGGGAUCUGCCGACCAUGGAGAUGACCUCGGGGGAAGCGGCUACCGUGGCAGUGACUCCAGCAGAGGUGGCCCGUGAGGAGAUCGAGGCUACAGAGAUGCCAAUCCCAGAGCCAACUGUGGUGGAACACAAAACUGAAGCCACUACCAAGAAAGCCACUGUGGAGGAGGAAGAAAAGGAGGAGGAGCCACCAUACAACCCAGAAAACCCCUAUCAGCAGCGCAAUCUGGAAGGAGAGGAGGGCACCAUGACCUUUGACCCCAUGCUGGACCACCAAGGAAUCUGUUGUACGGAGUGCACACGUGGCCACACCCACUGCCAGAGGAUAUGUGAGCCACUGGGGGGGUACCACCCCUGGCCCUAUCACUACCGGGGCUGCCGCGUGGCCUGCAGGGUCAUCAUGCCCUGCCGCUGGUGGGUCGGCCGCAUUUUGGGCAUCCUUUAAGGCCUCCCGUCCUCCCUCCCGGUAACCUCACGGCAACACAGCAAACAAGGCCAGGCCAAAAAAGCCCCCCCCCCCUUCCCCCCCCACUUAAUCCGGCCCCUUUCACUCCAUAAGCAAGUCAUUCCCACAUACCAAUCCUUCGGUUUUUUGCCGUCUUGUUUAGGUUAGAUUUUUUUGUUUUGGGCUCCAUUCUUUCUGGGUGUAAAUAAACAGAAGGUGCUAGCUAUGUUUGUACCAAAUCUCUCACUUAUCACAAUUUCCCGCUUUGAUGGAUUUAAGCAGCAAGUUUUUAUGUUUUU